AUGUCGCUGAGGCCGAACGAGAAGACCCACGUCCGUCGAAAAAGCUACAAGGCGGCUGUGGAUACAGAGCAAUCCCGAAGAAGAAGAGAGAACAAUCUAGUCGAAAUCCGCAAAACCAAACGCGAAGAAAUCUUGAAGAAGCAACGGCUCCUUCGUAUCCAAGAACCUCCUCAAGAUUCAUCUCUUCCUUCUUCCACCGUCUCCAUUGAUAAGAUGAUGAGGAAUCUCAUUUCUCUUGUCGCUGGAGCUUGGUCAGAUGAUCCUUUACUGCAGCUUGAGACCCUAAACCAUUUCAGGCUGAUUCUAUCGACCACCAAGAAUCCUCCUAUUGACAUGGUGAUAGAAUCUGGUGUUGUGCCUCGCUUCGUUGAGUUUCUUGACAAGGAAGAUUCACCUUGGCUUCAGCUUGAGGCGGCUUGGAUUCUAACAAACAUUGCUUCGGGGACAAGUAACCACACCAAAGUUGUGAUUGAUCACGGCGCUGUUCCAAUCUUUAUCAAGCUUCUCGCUACCUCCCCUGAUGAUGCUGUCCGUGAACAGGUUGUGUGGGCGUUGGGUAACGUUGCUGGUGAGUCACCACAGUACCGUGACUAUGUUCUUGAGUGUGGUGCAUUGAUGCCACUGUUAUCUCAGCUGAAUGAGCACUAUACGUUGUCAAUGAUUACAAACGCCACUUGGACUUUGUCUAACUUCUGCCGUGGCAAGCCUAAGCCAGCGUUUGAGCAUGUCUCACCUGCUCUCCCUGCGUUAGGACGACUUGUUCAUUCGAAUGAUGAUGAAGUCUUGGCAGAUGCUUGCUGGUCACUUUCUUUCAUGUCUGAUGGUAGAGAAGAACAGAUUCAAAGUGUGGUAGAAGCUGGUGUUGUCCCAAGACUAGUUGAACUUCUCAUGCAUCCUUCUUCAAGUGUGCUUGCUCCUGCACUACGUAGCAUUGGGAAUAUACUUUCUGGAAAUUCUCAGCAGACUCAGUGUGUGAUCAAUUGUGGAGCUAUACCCAUUAUAUCCAACCUGCUUAGACAAAGCUAUAAUAAGAGCAUAAAGAGAGAUGCUUGUUGGACUAUUACAAACAUCACAGCAGGCAUUAAAGAACACAUUCAGAUAGUUAUUGAUGCAAAUAUAAUUCCAAGCUUGGUGCAUCUAGCUCAAAACGCUGAGUUUAACAUAAAGAAAGAAGCUAUAUGGGCAAUUUCAAACGCUACAGGAGGGUUAGAGAAUAUUUUGAAGGCUGGAGAGGUGGAGAAGAGUAGAGGAGGUAUGAACUAUUAUUCUCAACUGGUUGAAGAUGCGGAAGGGCUAGAAAAGAUUGAGAAGCUGCAGAGUAAUGUGAACAAUGCGAUCUAUGAGAAGGCUGUGAAGAUUCUUGAGACGUAUUGGGGUGAAGAGGAUGCUGAGGAGAUACAAGAACAAGAUGCUGAAGGUGAUGAUGGUUCUCGUCUAGGCAUCCAAAGGAAACGAGUUCAAGUGCCUCAUGGAGGAUUCAACUUCGGUUGA